AUGAUAUACGCUUCAAAUUUACUUAUCAAACCCCUUCGGAAGGAACUGGAGAUUGAUCAAGCCGCGACCUUCCACUUCAUCAAUGCACCGGUGACUGUGAGUCCUCCAGAGGGCUUCAGUGAAUACUUUGGGCCUGGACCUCAUUAUCGAUGGAUGGACGAUGAGGGUGCCGGUGAAGAGUCCAUGAUCAACCGCAUACGAGAGCUACCAGUCGGCCAGAAUCCUGAGGACGUGAUGCGAAAUCUAGCCAGUACCCACAAAACUUGGCGCAAUCGGGAUGCGGUCAUGCAGUACCUCUAUGAUACUCUCGAGCAACAUCCGGCGGUCGAAGGAGUAGUUGGAUACAGUGAAGGAUCUGCUAUGGCCGCUACACUUAUCUUGGACGAAAUGCAUAGACUGAAAAAUGAAGGACGGCCGAGGAGAAUCAAGUGCGCGAUUUUCUUUACUGGGUGGCCCCCAGUUGCUCAGGACAAUAGCCUGGUUCUGUCGGACGAAAGUGAAGACGUAGUUGAUGUUCCUACCCUGCACAUUGUUGGGGCGAACGAUCCUUAUCGCUAUGGGGCUCUGGCAUUGUACAAUGUUUGUGACCCUGAUACCGCCAACAUGUUCGAUACCGGGAAGGGCCACACAAUUCCACGCACUGGAAAGGUGAUAUCCGAAUUAGGGGAUGCCGUCAGGGAUCUUAUCUCGAGUAUGGAAGAAUGAAUGGGCGACUACAUACUGAUUUAACUCCUAU